CUUUAAGAGCUGGCGAUGCGCGACAUGCACUCAGUGGAAGACGUUCAAGAGGCCUAUACUCUACGUUCGUCUAUAUGUAAAGAUGCGAGCUGCACAUCGUUCUAAAGGUUUCAUACGCUCUGCUAAUCUCAAUGGUUCACGGUGGAAUUCAACAGCGUCUACUGCACGGGUUGUCAGGCCGCUGACGUCAAUUCUGAUAGCAAACCGAGGCGAGAUUGCUCUUCGUGUAGGCCGAACCGCAGCAGAAUAUGGCAUUCGCACAACCACAAUCUACACCAAUCCAGAUGCUCACUCACAACACGCUCUGAGCUCCCCAUUCGCCGUCAAUCUAGGCGACGCAUCUGCAUACCUCGAUGGUGAUCGCAUUAUAGAAGCUGCGAAGCAGCAUGGCUGUCAGGGUAUACAUCCAGGCUAUGGCUUUCUCAGCGAGAAUUCUGUUUUCGCAAAGAAAUGCGCAGAUGCAGGCAUUACCUUCAUAGGGCCGCCAUAUAAAGCGAUCGAAGCGAUGGGAAGCAAAAGCGAGUCUAAGAAUAUCAUGAAUGCGGCUGGAGUGCCAUGUAUUCCAGGCUAUCAUGGCAACAACCAAGAUCCAGAGUAUCUCAAGGCAGAGGCUGCGAAAAUUGGGUAUCCAGUACUAUUAAAGGCUGUUAAAGGAGGGGGUGGAAAGGGGAUGCGAAUCGUGAAGACGCCUGAGGUGUUUCUGGAGCAGCUCGCGUCUGCAAAGUCUGAAGCAAAGAACUCCUUCGGCGACGAGGUCAUGCUUGUGGAGAAAUACAUCACCACGCCUCGUCAUAUUGAAGUCCAAGUAUUUGCCGAUAAGCACGGAAACUGCGUAGCACUUGGCGAAAGAGAUUGCAGUAUUCAGCGACGACACCAGAAAAUCCUCGAGGAGUCUCCAGCACCACAUCUGAAAGAAGAGAUUCGUCAGGACUUAUGGGAGAAGGCUCGUGCGGCUGCUCUUGCCGUGGGCUAUGAGGGUGCAGGAACGGUGGAGUUCAUCUUCGACAACGAGACCGGACAGUUCUUCUUUAUGGAAAUGAAUACACGACUACAGGUCGAGCACCCAGUGACAGAGAUGGUUACUGGAGAAGAUCUUGUUCGAUGGCAGCUUAUUGUUGCUGAAGGGGGCAUGCUUCCUACUAGCCAAGCCGAGGUUGAAAGAAAUAUAGCUAAGCAUGGCCACGCCAUCGAAGCUAGAAUUUACGCUGAGAAUCCUGACAAGAAUUUCGUCCCGGAUUCCGGCAAACUAAUUCACGUGCGGACACCAAAAGCCACUGCCGACGUCCGCAUCGAUGGAGGCUUCGUAAUGGGCGACGAAGUAUCGUCACAUUACGAUCCAAUGAUCUCGAAAUUGAUCGUACGGGGUCCAACUCGAGAAGCUGCCCUGCAGAAGCUUCGGGCUGCUCUUGAAGAAUAUGAAGUGGCAGGGCCAAUCACAAACAUCGAGUUUUUGAAGCGAUGUUGUGUAAGUCCGGCUUUCGUCGCUGGCGAUGUAGAGACUGGAUAUAUUGAUAAGCAUCGAGAUGAGCUGUUCGCAAGGGCGGAAACUCAGCCUGAAGUAUUAUCUCAAGCGGCGUUAGGCCUGCUCCUACAGCAGGCGAAGGCCUUAAAAGUCGACUCUAUCUUCGCCUCUGCUGGUGCUGCUGUUGGAUUCAGCAGCGCAUAUCAAGAACGUGCGUAUCAUCUCACAGAAACUUCCGCGGACGGCAAAGGUGAUCCCAUCGUGUCUACUGUCAAGGUUCGACAGACUGCGCCAGAAGACUUUACUGUCACAAUCAAGGAUCAGAUCUUCACUGGUGUGAAGAGUUCUAUAGAUCCGUUGACAAACAUCAUCACUACGUAUUACCCACACACUCGUCUCGAAACUACAUUCAUACAGGAUGAAGAGCGACUCUCUUUAUUCCAACAGGGCAAGCUGUAUCGCCUCCAACUGACGGUACCGAAAUGGGCAGAGAAGGCACUCGGCAUUAAGGAUGUCGCGAACAGCGUUUUGACGCCAAUGCCUUGCAAAAUACUCAGAGUGGAAGUUCAAGAAGGUGACCAGGUUAAGAGAGACCAACCUCUCAUUGUAAUCGAGAGCAUGAAAAUGGAGACUGUUAUCCGGAGUCCUCAGGAUGGAAUCAUCGAGAAAGUUGUCCACAAAGCUGGCGACAUUUGCAAAGCGAAUACACCGCUGGUUGAGUUCGCUGAGCAAGAGCAAACACAAUGAUUAUGGCACAGUACAUGAAUGCACAAUGAUAUUUAAAAAGAGCAUUUGUCGACAGUGUAGGCAAUGUCCAGAUCAGGUUAUUUCGAUUGGUAGCCAUGUGGUAUCUGUGGUAAAAAGUGACCCAGUGAAACACAGAGAACGCCGUGGAACAAGAGUCUGACGCGUCGCACGAUGGAUUAGUAAAAUCUACACUCUAUAUUGCUUACAAGUAUGCGGUACGUCUCACAUAACGCGCAUACAUCUAGGGUGCUGCCGCAUAACACGGUAACCUUAGCAGUUAAGCACGAGUCCUCACGUUCGCAGGCCGAGUAAUAGCGUAGAGUAUUACACAAUGGUCUUAGACUUCUGAACGAAAUCACAUAAUAUUGUCGAAAGGAAUGAUGCUGUGUUCGUUGUUUAUAGUUUGAUUAUCAUACUGUCCAACGAUGGUAGAUCCAUAAGGUAGGUAGGGGCCCCGCCGCAUGGAUUUCUAAUCGAG